GAUUCGGCUACUCCAUUGCGGAGCUGGCACAAAUUGAGAAAAUGGCAACAAAUUUGCCGGCCACAACGGCCACAACAGGAAAGCCUGGUAGCUCGACAGGUAGUCAGUCAACCACAACUGAGUAUGUUGUGAGGGCUCCAAAUGACAAGUCCAAGAAAUACAGCAUGAUCAAGUUUGGCACUGGAACAGAUAUAGACUUCCUCAAGUUAACAAAUACAACAGUUAGAAUGGAAAGAGAAAACAACUUAAAAGAAUACAAAACAGCCAAUAACUUGGAAACGCAGCCAAAGUUCGGAGCUGGAAGCGAAUAUGGAAGGGAACAAAAGUUUGAAGCUAGAAGAAAGAAGUUUGGUAUACAUCUCAAGAAAUACAAUCCGGAUGAUCAACCAUGGGUAAUGAAAGUGGGGAAAGGAAAAGACUGUAAAAGGUAUAAGGGUGUACGAGAGGGAACCAUAACAGAGAACACAUCUUACUACAUUUUCACUCAGUGUGCUGAUGGUGCUUUUGAGGCACACCCUGUUGAAGAGUGGUAUAAUUUCCAGCCGGUUGUGCAAUACAAAUAUCUAAACUCUGAGGAAGCAGAAGAAGAGUUUAGCAGACGAGACAAGACAAUGAACUUGUUCUCUAUCAUGGUUCGUAAGAGGAUAAAGAAUGAAGAUGACGUAGAGGAUAAUAAGGAGGAGAAGAAAGUGAAAUCUAAGGGCAAAAAGAAUCUGAUCCUGACAGACAUGGAAGAUUGGGCGAUUAGUUCAGAAGAAGAGGAGGAGGAGGGGGAGGAGGGAGAGAAAAAGCCCAAGAAGGAAAAGAAGAAGGAAGAGAAGAAGCGUCGUAAGAAUGCCAAGAUGAACGAUAAUGAUGAGGCAGUGGAGGAAAGUGAUGAGGGCGACUUUGAUGACCGUGAGCUGGAUUAUAUAUCUGAUUCUGGCAGUGAAUCUGAGCUGGAUGAAAAGGCUAAAGAUGAAAAGUAUGAUGAUCAGGGAGUGGAGCAAGAACAGGGUCUGAAGAAGCUGAUAGACUCUGAGGAGGAGUCUAGUGAAGAGGAAGAGAAAGAGGAAGAAGAAGAGAAUGAGGAGGAUGAGGUAAAGGAGACCAAGAAAGAGAAAAAGAAGAAGAAAGAAAAGAAGGAAAGUAACAAAGAAGGUGAUGAAAGCGAAAGUAGCAGUUCAUCUUCGGAAAGUGAGGAGUCAGACAUCGAGAAAAAUGAGGAGAAAUUCUCAUCUGUACUCUUUAUGCAGAAGAAAAAGGGAGGCUCGAGAUCUAACACUCCAACAUUUGACAAGUCUGGAGAAGGUGCCAAGACUGAUGGUGGGCUUAAGCGUAAGCUUGACAGUGAAGAAGCUGUCAUUGAGAAAAAAGUGAGGACAGAGUCGCCUACCCCUAGUAUCACUCAGUCGUCCUCUACAACAUCAGUUACUAGCAGUGGUGAGAUCACAGAGGAGGCAAUCAGGCGAUACCUGUCGAGAAAACCGAUGACUGCAAAGGAGCUGGUACAGAAGUUUAAAUCCAAAAAACCUCAGAUGUCCAAGGAGCAGAUGACUCAGCGGAUCGGACAGUUGUUGAAAAAGAUCAACCCGGAUAGGAAAUAUGUGAAUCAAAUACUGUAUUUGUCACUGAAGAAGCCAGAAUGAAAGAGGAUAUUUUGAUGAAGUUGGUUAUUUGAGAUAGUGUGGCUUAGUGAAGAGAGGGAAAGAAUGUUCAAGGCAGCAAAGAUGUGGUUGUCUUUUUAUGACAAGCCACAUUGAUACUGGUUUUCUUAUAAUUGGAAAUGAUUGAAAACUGAAAUAAUAUCUCAAUUGAUACAGAUAUAUUUAAUAGAAGAAAUGUAAUUACGACAGGCUAGGCAUGUUAGUGGCUCAACUGAUAACAAAAUACUAUGUUAAGUUCAUAAUAAUGUGCAAAGGCCAUACACAGAAGAUGCAAUGCCAAUCUCUAGUGCUACAUUUGUUAUUGUACGGGUAUUAGUAGUGUCAUCAACUGGCUAUGUUUUACAAGCCCAGUUUUAAAACUUAGGCAAAUGCCUUGUAAAUGUAAAACAGUUGCAGUUGCUGUAUUUAUAUGUUCCAUACAUGUGAAUAAUUUGCGUAUACAUGUAACAAGGUUUAGGUCAAGUGUAAAUAAAGCAAUGCUGAAGCAGGUCUUGGCAUUGUCAGAUUGUACUUGGAUAUCAUUUUAAGCUUGACUAUUCGAAGAAUAAGGACAGCUAUACUACUCACCCUGGCAUUGGCGUCUGCAUCACACAUUGGUUUUGCAUGUAAACAUCUUUAAAUCAUUAUCUCAGCAAAAAAAAAUCAUUUAUUGCUUUGAAACUUUAGAUCUAUGUUCCCAACCAUCCAACCUACUGAAUAAAUGAAGAUAAAUCACUCUAUUAUGCAUGUAAUACAAAUUAUUUCCCUUUAUUUUUUUACUUUUUAGAAAUUAUGGUUAAGGUUUUGCAUGUUAGCACACAUAUGUUAAAUCUCGGGAACUGAUUGAUGUUUUGCAUUGAGGCUUAAUACAAUGAUACUCAACCAUUCAAUUUUCUUGAAUAACCAAGUAAGAUAACUCUAUUUUGGAUAUACAUGUAAUGCAAAUUAUGGCCCUUUAAUAUUGGACUAAGAUAUUCUGGUAAAGGUUUUACAUGUAUUUAAACCUCAUUUUAGUCAAAAUCUUAGCAAAGAUAUCAUAUAAUGCAUUUAAACUUGAGACAUACACUCCAAACAACCCAACCUUCCUUUUAUCCAAGUAAGAUAACUCUAUCUUGCAUAUAAUGCAAAUAUUGACCUUAACUAAUCAGCUUAAAAUUCUGGUUAAGGUGUUGCAUGUAAGCUAAGGUGUUGCAUGUAACAUGUAAGCACACAUUUCUUAAUAUUUCAGCAACUACUUGAUGUAUUGCAUUGAGACUUUAUACAUUGUUACUUAACAAACAAACACUUAGGAUUACUUUAUUAUGCAUUUCUUAACAUAAAGGCAGUGGAAUAUUUGAGCAUGGUGUCUCUGUGACAGCUCUUGUUAAGUUAUGUAAUGAAGACAUUUUUUUUAGUUGAUCUAUAUAUUAUUGCCAUGAACAGAAUUGUAUUUAAUAAUGUUCUUCACUAGUUUAUUUUCCGAUGCUUAUGAGCAAAGAUCUGAUCUGAGCAUUUUCUUUCUAUGUGAAAUUCUAUCUUGAAAUGAGCAUUGAAAAAAUAAAACAAAAAACAACCGA